AUGAAAGCCACUCUUCUUCUCACAAGACAAAACUUCAGUCUCUUUCCCCCUCCCUCUCAAUUUCAGAAAUAUUUACAGAUUGAAGAUAGAUCUAACUCUGAGAGGAGAGGAGAGAGAUAAAUCGAUGGUUAGGGUUUAAGCAAGAGGAAAAGCUUUAUGUUAGGGUUUAGGGUUGGGAUAUGACUCAUGUUCGAGAAUGGAGAAACUCUUCUCUGCUAAUGGUGAUCUUGCUUUCUUAUCUACUCUGUCUUUCUUCUUUAACUUCCCUUAUAGGGGCAACUCGGGUAUAUCCAGCAGCACCGACGAAGGCUACCUCUCCUGCUCCUGCGGCUAAUAACCAAGAAAAUCUAAUGAAGAAGUACUUCGGCGCCGGAAAGUUUCCUCCCGUGGAUUCUUAUGUCGGAAAAGGGACUAGUGACAGUAAAAGAACGGUACCAAGUUGUUCCGAUCCUCUCCAUAACUAAUCGAAGCAGUUCCUUUGAUUUUUCUUCAUUUAUGUUUCAUUUUCUCGAGCCUCUUAUGUAAUCAAUCAAUGAGUGUUUUUAACUAAAAUACCCACGUUUUUUUCGUUAAUAUAAGGGGAAAACGAGGGUAUUUUGGAGAUUUUAAUAACUGGUUUAUAAACAUUUUCUGAUAUAAACAUUUACCGUGUCGAUGUUGAAGUUUUAUUAGAAAUGUGUAUUGUUUUUCUGCAUUUGAUUCUACAUAUAAGAAGCCGAAGA